AGUGAGAUAUACAUACAGCGCGGUACAUACUCCACACAGGCCGGAGAAGAGGGUGAAAGGUGGCGUGCGUUUGGUGUAGCGACGGACGGUGGCGCUGUCGGCGCGGCGACGCCCACGGGCCACAGGGAACACUCGCAGCAGCCUCGACGGGCCACGGCACACCUCUCCCAGUCGGUCUUGCGUACUCUCUCUGACGUCCCACUUGCACACUCACAAUCCAGUGCGAACGAACUUGCUCCCAAGCCGAGGCUGCGGAGCCACCCACACGCCCUGCAGAUCGCUGUGCUUCUGUUGACGACUGCGCUCGCACGCCUACUCUGCACUAUUCUCCGGCUUUUCUGGCUACUCUCGAUCCUCCACGUCGCCUCUUACGGCCGAUAGUCUACGCUUCGACCUCAGUCCAAGCUUGUCUCCAGAUUGAACUGCUCCCCUGCUGCAGGGCGCUGCCAUGGCAAGCACGCCCGAACCCUUACCUUCGCUCCCGCCAUCUCCGACUAUGGAGCCGCAGAUACUACGGCCUGAGGAGGAUGUCGGGAGGGCUUGGCACGACGACGAACCUUCGACUGCUGAUCUACGAACAGGUCUGAACUCUAGACGGAAGGGGAAGCGGAGGGCUACCAGAGACGAGGAUGAGGACGAGGAAGACGAUGAUGAGGAGCGCGAUGGACCGGCGGAGGGGUACCCCCCGACCAAGGAGGAGGAGGCGGAAGCAAGACGAGUGCAAGAGAACCUCCGCCGGUGGGAGAUCGCCGAACGCCAACGACGGAAAGCCGCGCGCGAGUCCCUCUCGCACCACACAACGCCCACCCGGGACAGCGUCGCGAACAACGCGCCCUCCUUCUUCGCCGACCUCCUCCGGCGCGACUCCCGCAAGGCGCCCCUCGGCGGCGUCGGCUCGCACCACGCCCUUCCCAAGACAGACCGCGACGGAGACGGAGACGGAGACGCAGAAGCGGUGCCCCUAGAAGACCUCGACCCCCCAACCGCAGAGCAGCUCGUGUCCUCCCCGCCCACCCCCGAGCCCGAGAACCCGUUCGACACCCCCUCCGCCUCCCGCACGUCGCUCAACAUCCCCGGCCAUUCCGCCAUCAUGACCGAGAGCGACUCCCUGCCCGACGAGAUUGCACGGUCCGGCCCCAUAAAGAAGAGCCAGGCCCAGACCCUCGACGUUCCCAGACGGCCGACGCUCGAGGCAUCCUCGUCCUUCGCCGAACCGGACGCCGAGAACUCGGCCUCGGGGCAGGUGCAGAGGACGAAGUCGAGGCGACAGCCGCCCCCGCCUAAACCGCUCGACCUGCCCGCACCCAAGGUACCGCCGCCACACCCGGACGCCCCUCAUGCACAUGUAGACCGGCCCCCGGAGCCGGUUGUGUCGCCGGAACCGCAACCGCAGGACGACGUGGAGACACAUAGGCAGGCGCAGGUGCAGGUCGAGAAGGACCUCCCGCCGGUGAGGUGGUGGCAUGAGUGGUUGUGCGGAUGCGGAGAGGGACCCGAGCGCGGUGGGGACCACCAGGCCGGGCGCACGAAUCCGUUCGAGUGACCGUAUCGUUAUGUUGCUUCGUCUUCGUCUUCGAUCGCCUUCCUUGUCGUCCCCUGUAGUCUGGACUGUUCUCGUCUGUUUCACUCGUUUUUGGUCGCGUUGAUAUGCAGGCACACAACUUAUAUCCCUCCCUCUCUCGAUCACGAUCACGACACGGACAAAUUGUUGUUGGUAUUUCAUUCCUUCUCUCUCGUUCGCAUCGCAUGGGCAGUACAGGACGUCCGUCGCAUAAUGUAGCAUGGAUUGAGCGCACCUUUCUUUGAACGUCGAGCGCGUGCGUGGUGUCGCGCGCCAUCUCGACAAAUCUUGAUGUCAGCGGCU